CAAUUGACAAAUGACUUGACAGUAAAUUGACACGAAUCUUACGUUUUUUUUCAAUGUACUGAUUCAGCAGUUCUUUGCUAUUAUAAUAAUUUAAUUUUAAUAAUUGAACGAUGCGCGAACGAAAUAUUAUUUUCUCGAGUUGGUUUAGUGUAAUUUAGAACGCGAAUUUGUUUUCAAAAUGAUAAUGACGUGACCUUGUUAUCUUAAUACUAGCAAAUAUCGUACAUCCUCAGUACAUUGUUUUUGAUUCCAGUAUCUUUGAUACCUGAAUGCCCGAUGCAGUAGCUGGUAAUAUAAGAACAAUUUUCAGGACAGUUAAGAAUUCUUGCGUUGUUUUAUUUUAAAAUAAUAUUUUUUUAAUUGUGUUUAUCGUCUAAUAACAAUUUAAAUAUGAAUUUAACUACCAAAUAUUCGGCGAAGAAGUUGGGCACGCACAAUGGACAAUUUCACUGUGAUGAAGUUUUCGGUUCGUAUAUGUUGAAAUUGUUAUUUCCAAACUUGGAUAUUAUUCGUACGAGAGACGAAGAAUUGUUGCGUGAGUGUGAUAUAGUAAUUGAUGUUGGUGGGGUUUAUGAUCACGAGAAAUGCCGCUAUGAUCACCAUCAAAAAUCGUUUACUCAUUCCAUGAGUUCUCUAAUGCCUGAUGCUAAAUGGACUACAAAAUUAAGUAGCGCCGGUUUAAUAUAUUUACAUUAUGGCCAUGAAGUGUUGAACAAAAUUAUAGCCUCUGAUAUACCAGAAAGUAAAUUGAAAUCUAUUUAUUUUAAAGUUUAUGAGAACUUUGUACAAGAAGUGGAUGCUAUUGACAAUGGUAUUCCAAUAUGUGAAGGUAAAAUUAAUUAUUCUAUAAACACAGAUUUGGCUAGUCGAGUGAGUACCCUUAACAAAAAGUGGAACCAUGUGGGAGAAUUCAAUGAAAAUAAGGCUUUUGAACAAGCAAUGAAACUGGUUGGAUCUGAAUUUGAAGAAAAUGUACAAUAUGCAUAUCAUACAUGGUUACCUGCCAGGUCUUUGGUAAUUAGUGCACUGGAUAAACGAUUCCAAACUCAUAAGUCCGGCCGUAUACUUGAGUUAAGCUCACCAUGUCCGUGGAAAGAACAUUAUUUUUUGUUAGAAGAAGAACUCGGUAAUGAUCUUAAUCCGAAAAUUGAUUAUGUUAUUUUUCAAGACGUUUCUAAUAAUUCAUGGAGAAUACAAGCUAUGCCAAUUUCUGUUGAUUCGUUUGAGCUUCGAAGAUCAUUGCCUAAGAGUUGGUGUGGUCUUAGAGAUGAUGAAUUGAGUACAAUAUCUGGUGUACAAAAUUGCGUUUUUUGUCAUAUCAAUGGAUUUAUUGGAGGAAACAAAAGCCGUGCUGGAGUGAUAGAAAUGGCAGAAAAAGCUAUUGGAUUGUAAUUAUAUUUAAUAUUCAAUAAUAAAUGAUAAAUACAUUUUUUUUUUUUUUUUUUUUUUUUUUUUUUUUUUUUUUUUUUUUAUUUAUUUUUUUUUUAUGUCAAAUGUGUGUAGCAUGUUAUAACAAGUUAGUUCAAACAAUACUAAUGUUUUCAUUUAAAGCUUACAGCAAUAUUUUAUAUUUAUUUUUUCUAGGAUUUAUUAAAAUAAGUUAUUUCUAUGCAUAUUUGCAUUUUUAUAAAAAAAAAAAAUCAAGUUUUAAGUUAUUUUAUUUUAUUGAUAUUUAUAUUUUAUAAUUCAUAAGACCAAUAUAGGCACCACACAAUGUAUAAUGAUACACAUUUAUAGUUACUAUAAAUGUGUAGCUAUAACUAUAGUUCAUAUAUACUUCAAUAAAAUAAUGAGUAUUAAUACUAAGCGUUAUAUUUUUUUUUUUUUAUUAGGUUUCUUUUUUUAUAACUAUUAUAGUAUAAUUGUAAGAAGGAUCUUAGAACAAAAUCAAAUUGGGUUAAUAGUGCUUAAAGAGAAUAAUACAAUUUUGUAUUAUAAAUAAAAAUACUCUUUAUAAUGUCCAUUCUACUUAUGAUUAGUACAAAAAAAAGUUAUUUGUGUUUGUAAUGACAAUAACUUUACUUGUAUCCUAACCUUAUGUAGUACAAGUUCUUAUUUUAUUUAUUGAAAAUUUGGUUUUUUGAUAUUUAGUCUUAUCACCAGAAGUGCUUUGCCCUCAAAAAUAGUGUUUACAUUCAAAUUGUUGUAGGUACCUAAUACACAGAACAUUUUUAGGAUCCUAAAAACUACAUUAUUAUGUGCCCUCUAAUCUUACUCACAGUCAGUACAAUUCUGAUUGCAAAUAAAAUAUACUUUUAGUCUUUUCAAAUUAAUUUUUUAAAGAUUUACUUAAAUUCUGUUAAAAAAAAAAAAUUAAACAGACAUUUUUUUCAGUUUAUAUACCUAAUUUAUUUUAACAUUUUAACAUUUUACAUUUGUUCAAUAGGUCAUCAACAGCAAACACUUCUCAAUUUUUGAUUUACAAAUCACAGCAUGGGGGUGCCCUUUCCUGUAAAUGAAGGGUAGUAUAUUUUAUAUCCAUUUUAAAUGAUAGCCCUUUCAUACUCAUCCAGUCUAAUUUUUAAACUGUUGUAACUCAUCAAAUAGUACAUCUUAAAUUGAACCGCUGAGUGAUAAAAGAAUACUAUACUAAAAAUACAAAAAAUAAACUAAGUUAACCAUUAAGGGUUUUCAUAUUUUAGGAAGUUAAAGGUUAUGUACUAGUUAAUGUUUGUUGUACAGACAAGUUUUUUUUUUAAUUUUCCAAUAGUUAUGUAUUGAUGAAUAUUAUCUUUUUUCCACUUAGCGAUUCAAUUAGCGUCAUGUAAUUAUACCACAAUUUUUAGACAAAUAUCUUCUUUUUGAAUCUGGUAAAAAACAGAGGGUUCAAAAUCAAAGGUUAAUAUGUGUUUAUAGUGUACAAAAUAAAUGUACAAUUUUAUAAAUAUUUUAUAUUAUACAAUUAUUAAUUAUAAUAUUCUAUAAUGGAUGAAAAAAACCAAAAUCUUUGUUGAAAAAUACUGGGUCAUGAUAAAAAAAUCACUUGGUAUAUAUAAUAUUAUUUUAGGGUAUCCCUAUGAAAAUAUAAACUAGUUUUUCAAAUGAGAAACUUUAUUCCCUAAUAAAUUAUUUUGUACAACUCUUUAACUAUGUUUUAUUCAAGUUUUCAUUUGAGUAUAAUAUUAUGAAAUAUUUCAGAAAAACUAGCCAACCAAUUAUUUGCUUACAAAAAAUUGUGUUCAUUUUUGGAAAAAAAACUUUACAAAAAACAAGAAUACUUAUGUGUAAUUAAUUAAAAUAUUUUAAAUUAUCGUGUUUAUAAAUUUCUUAAAAAGAUAAUUUUAAUAAAUCCAAUAUUUAAUCAAAACAAAAAUGGGAUGUGUAUUUUUAGUUUUUAUAUUAUCCUAUUAUUAUUAAAGUUGUGUUUAGUGUUUUGAAAUUAUAACCAAUUGAAGUCUCAAUUCAAUAUUAAAUGUAUGACUUUGAGAAUAAUAUAUUCACAUAUUAAUGUGGAGUGGAUGAAUUUAGUUGACAUGUUUACAAUAAUUAAUAUUUAAUACAUUUAAUUUCAAGUAGGUAUGUUGGUACACUACAGAAGAGUGUGACUUUUUAAAUAUUACCAUUAAUCGUUGAAUGUACACAUUUUGUGUACAUAUUAUAAUGUUAACAAUUUUAUAUUGGCAAUAAUAUAUUAAUAUAAUGGCCAUAAUAUUAUAAUAAUAUAAUGGUAAUAAUAUUUCAGUAAAACACAUUUUUCAUCAUUGCCUUUCUAUACUAAAUGCUAUCAUAUAGGUACCAUGCAAUUAAUUAUUCUUGAUAAUGAUUAAUCAUAAUAUUUAUAUAUUUUUUUUUUUUAGAAGAAUUUAAAACUUGCAUGCCAGUAAAACUGAUCGGAUUAUUUUGUUAUAGUAAAAUAUAACUGGUGUUCAAUGUUCUGAUUAUUUUCAAUACCUUAAUUCAGUAGGUACAUUUAAUUUUUUACUGUAUUUUUGGAAUUUAAAUAUUCUAUUAAUUCAUAUUUGGUACAUUUAUUUUUUUCUUUGUUUAAUUUAUCUUCUAGUCUAUACCAUUAAAUCUUGUUAAUUUUAAUAUAUUUGUUUCUGUAUACGUAGGUACUCAUUUAAAAAUUGUAAUAUUUUUAACAUUAUCAAUUAAAUACAAAGGUAAGACAAAUGCCAGUAAACAUUUCCAUUUUUAUUUUAAACUAUUUAAAAAUAACAGAUUAAUAAUUAAAUACCAAUGUAUAAUUCUAAUUCCAAGAUAUUGAAAUUUAUUAAAUAUCAUAUUUAAUUAUAGUGUUUAUCAUGAUAAUAUAUACAUACCUAAGAAUCUACCUUACCUUGUAUCUAAAAAGUAUAAAAUAAGGAUUAAGAAUAAAUGUAUACUAUUAUAACUAUCCACUAAACAAAAAUAUAUUUUAUUGACCAUUAAAUAUAAUUUAGUUUAAAAUGACUGUAGCAAUAUAUUAUUUCAAAACAAAGAAUGAUUUUGAAGGCGAUCUAGGUUUAACUUUUUUUCUAAGUAAAUAUUUAAUAUGUUAUUAACGUUUAAUUUCAAAUUAUUUUGUACUUUUUUGUUUUAAAAAAUUUGAACUUCAAACACUGCUAGAAAUAAACAAUUAUGUUUUUAAAUGUGAUUCAACGUUAUAUAAAAUACUAUUCAAAUUGCAUUGUGUCUAGAAUAAGUUCACAUAUAAACAAUUAUUUCUUACCUAUUGAAUGAUAGAUAUUUUUGUUAAAACAAUUUUUUUCUAAAUUAUUGGAAACCUUUUUUUAAAAAAUUAAUUUAAGUUUGAUAUUUAAUAAAGGAAAAUAUUUAAAUAGUUUAGUUUAGGUUUAUAUAUAAGUAGUUAUAAAUUUGAUUUGAUUUAUUAAUUUAAACAAAUUAUUUAAAUAAUAAUUUAGGUUUAAUUUAAUAUCAAAAGUUAAAUGGUUAUCUUAUUAUAAGCCAGAUAAUAAUAUAUUGUUUCUAUAUUAUAUUUAGAGAUUUAUUUAAAGAACCAGUAGAUGGCAUGUUGGUGGCUGCUACAAUUGCUGAUACUGAUCAUAAGAAAGAAAUUGUUGGUAACAUAACAAUGGAACAAUUACCUAAAAUGGAAACAGGUUAAUUAUUUAUGCACCUAUUUUAUUUGCUUCAAGUUUUCGGGGGGAGGGGGUAGAGGAGUUGAGUUGAAUAAUAUUUGUUUUUGUAUCACUAUAAAUUUUUUCAAAUUAUAUAUUGUAAUGCAUGUAAACAUUAUUAUGGUUUAUUAGGUUAUUUUUAUUAACUUUUAGAUGUUGUAAAAGUCAAUAAUGACAUAGAAAUCCCAAACCAUAAAGUUCACAUUGGUAUGAGUGAUGGUGGUAUUAGUAGCACACCAAGUACAUCUCUUCCACCUUCUACAACCCUACUAGAUCAACCAAAUACAUCAUAUUCACCAUCAUAUUCCUCAAUAAAUUUUCCGUACGUAUUUUCAACUACUUUUGUUAAAACUAUAUGUUAACAGCAGCUUUUCUUUUUAGGGCCAUACCUAAUUAUAACCCCACAUCACCAGAUUACAGCUCUUCAUUAAAAUACUGGCCUACAUUACCAUACUACACAUCUACAUCACCAUCAUACAGGCCUUCAUUGUCAACACACAGACCUAUUUCACCAGAAUACAAACCUAUAUCACCGAUAAACGGAUCAGCAUCGUCGACAUACCUGCCUGGAUCACCAUCAUUCAGACCUUUAUCACCAGAAUACACGUCUUCAUUGCCAAUAUAUAGACCUUCAUCGCCAGAAUACACGUCUUCAUUACCGAUAUAUAGACCUUUAUCACCAGAAUACAGACCUACAUCACCAGAAUAUAGGCCUGUAUCACCAACAUACAUACCUUUAUCCUCGGGAUACAGCCCUUUAUCCUCGGUAUACAGUCCUAAAUUAACAGAAUACAGAUCUGUAUCACCGACAUACAGAUCUACUUCACCAUCAUGCUUUCCUUUUUCACCAGAAUACAGCUCUAUUUCACCAGAACACAAUCCUACAUCAUCAACAUUCAGUUCUACAAUACCAGAAUAUAGAUCUACAUCACCAAAUUACAGUCCUUCAUCACCGUCAUACCAACCUAUGUCAUUGGCAAGUAAAUCUACAACACUAGAUACAUCACUGACAACAUACAGAUAUACAUCAUUGGAAUACAGCCACACAUCGCUGACAUACACAUCUACAUCACUAGAAUACAGUUGUACACAGACAUCACUGGAACAUAGACUUACAUCACCGGAAUACAGACCAACUACACCGGAAUAUAGACCUAUAUCACCAUCAUAUAUGUCUACAUUACCAGAAUACAACUCUCUAUCAGCAGAACACAGGCCUACAUCACCAGGGUACAAUCCUCUAUCAGCGGAAUACACGUCUACAUCACCAGAACUCAGCUCUUUAUCAGCGGAAUACAGGCCUACAUCAUCAGAAUACAGCUCUUUAUCAGCGGAAUACACACCCACACCUCGUAAGAUUCGUAAAUUUAUUUAACUAAAGUAAAUUGUUUUUUCAUCUUAGUUUGUAGUUUUGUUAAAUUAUAUUCGUUAUACGUAGUUUUUGCUUAUUAUAUUAUAUACAAAACAUAUUAGAAUAACCAGAACGUCUAGUUUAAGUACCUACCUACUUAAAACAUGAUAUAUAAAAAUCUUGAUACACAGAUUUUUUUUAAAAAAAUUAAUUAUUUGUAUUUAAAAUAAACAUUCCAUGACAAAUAUCUCAUCCAAAAUUUAAUAUCAGUGAUGCAAGAGAGUCUUUUAUCAAACAUCAACAUUUUAUAUUUAAAAAAAUAAAUCUCAAUUAAAUAUGAUGACAUACCUGACACUUUUACUUUUUGAAAAAUUACUAUAAAGUUAAGCUCGUUUUCGAUUUUUUUUACAUAAUAUGUGUUUUAAGUUAUUGAAUUUAAGUGUUUGAAAUAAUUGUACCUUUUUUUAUUCUAUAUGUGAC